UAUAUAUAUUAAGAUUUAAAUGCCUCCUAAAAAGGAAUAACAUGAAGAGAAAAAGAAUAAAUUGGGAAGACCCAGUAAUACUCUUAAGAUGGGAAUAGUAGGUAUGGCAAAUGUUGGUAAGGAAUGCAAUUUAUGAAAAAUAGGAAAAUCAACCACAUUUAAUACUUUAUGUAAAUUGAAUGUUCCAGCAGAAAAUUAUCCAUUUUGCACAAUAGAUCCAAAUAAUGCAAAAGUUCCAGUACCAGAUGAGAGAUUUACUAAAUUAUGCUAAAUGCAUAAACCAAAAAGUGAGAUUUAGGCAGUGUUAAGUAUUGUUGAUAUUGCUGGGUAUUUAUAUAUAAAAUAAUAAUACAAAUAGAUUGGUACCAGGAGCACAUAAAGGAGAAGGUUUAGGAAAUGCUUUUUUAUCACAUAUAAAAGAAUGUGAUGGAAUUUAUCAUGUAGUAAGAGCAUUUGAAGAUGAAAAUGUUUGUCAUACUGAAUUGUCAGUAGAUCCAAUAAGGUAGAAUAAAUAUAUAUAUAAAUAUAUAGAGAUAUGGAUAUAAUUUCAACUGAAUUAUUGUUAAAGGAUUUAGAAUUCUGUAAUAAUAGAUUAGCAGAGACAGAACAUGUAAUAAAGAGAAACAAUAAUAAAGAUGCUAGAGAAGAAAAAGAGGUUUUAGAUAAGGUUAAAUUAUUGUUGGACAAUAAGAAAUGGGUAAGAACAGGAGAUUGGAAUUUUAAAGAAAUUGAAAUAUUAAACAAAUAUUAUUUCAUUACAGCAAAGAAUGUUGUUUAUUUAGUGAAUUUGAGUCAAUAAGAUUUUUAAACAAGAAAGAAUAAAUGGUUGAAAGGAAUUAAAGAUUGGGUUGAUGGUAAUUGUCCAGGAGAUAUUAUUCCAUAUAGUGCCGAUUUAGAAAAAGCUAUAUUUGAAGAGUACUUAUAUAAUUAUAUAUAUAAAUAGAACUUAAGCAGGUACAAUUACAUAAGAAAGAUAAAAGUUAUCUAUGUUACCAAGAAUUAUAAAGACAGGUUAUAAAGCAUUAGAUCUAAUUUAUUUUUUUACUGCUGGAGAAGAUGAAGUCAGAUGUUGGACUAUAAGAGCAGGAACAAAAGCACCUUAAGCUGCUGGAGUUAUUCAUACAGAUUUUGAAAAAGGGUUUAUUUGUGCAGAAGUUAUGAAGUAUGAAGAUUUUGUCAAUUUGGGUUCAAUCACAGCAGUUAAAGCUGAAGGUAAGUAUAGACAAUGGGGUAAGGAAUAUGUUGUUGAAGAUGGAGACAUCUGUUUCUUCAAAUUUAAUGUUGGAGGUGGAGGCAAAAAAUGAGUGUUAGAAUAUUAAUUUCACAUUAAGUAUAUUAAAUAGAUAAAUCGAU